GGGCGGAGCAGGAGGCGGGCCGACCGGCGCGGCCAUAGCCCGGCCCCUCAUGCCGGCGCAGGCGGAGCGGCCCCGGCUUCCUGCCUUUCCUCCUCGGCGCGCCGGCAGCACGCAGGCCUGCUCGCAGUGCCAGGCCGCCGCGGGAGUCUGCCUCCACCGGGAUCUGCCUCCGGAAGCCCUGGGUAGGUGGGAUGCGGCCAGGCCUCCCUGCUGUCCCGGCCUGCUGAGCGGCGAGUAGUUAGCUGAGCUGUGAUAACUUCGAGUUUAGUGCAAAUCAAUCGCACUGCGUCAUGGCAGCAGACUCUAUGGAAAUCGACGAUGCUUUGUAUAGUCGGCAGAGGUAUGUUCUUGGAGACACAGCAAUGCAGAAGAUGGCUCAGUCUCAUGUGUUCCUGAGUGGUGUAGGUGGUCUUGGUGUGGAGAUCGCCAAAAAUAUAAUUCUGGCUGGUGUAAAGGCUCUUACGGUUCAUGACACCAAGCAAUGCACAAAGUGGGAUUUAGGGACCAACUUCUUUAUCCACGAAGAUGACAUAAUCAGUCAAAGGAACAGGGCUGAGGCCACUCUUCAUCACAUUGCAGAACUUAAUCCAUAUGUGCAUGUAGCAGCAUCGACUGUGCCACUAGAUGAAAGCACAGAUCUGUCUUUCCUAAAGCAAUAUCAGUGUGUCAUAUUGACUGAAGUAAGCCUAUCACUGCAGAAGAAGAUUAAUGACUUCUGUCAUGCUCAGCAGCCACCCAUUAAGUUCAUCAGUGCAGAUGUAUAUGGCAUAUGUUCACGUUUGUUUUGUGACUUUGGUGAUGAAUUUGAAGUGUUGGAUACAACAGGAGAGGAGCCAAAGGAGAUCUUCAUUUCAAAUAUUACGCAAUCAAAUCCUGGUAUUGUCACUUGCCUUGAAAAUCAUCCACACAGGCUUGAAACAGGACAGUUCUUAACCUUUCGGGAAGUUAAUGGAAUGUCGUGUUUAAAUGGCUCCACACACCAGAUAACAGUGGUGUCACCAUACUCCUUCAGCAUUGGAAAUACGUCAGACAUGGAGCCUUACCUGCAUGGUGGCAUAGCUGUCCAAGUGAAGACACCCAAGAUGUUUUACUUUGAACAGUUGGAGAAGCAGCUAACAAAUCCAACGUGCCUAGUUGCAGAUUUUAUCAAGCCUGAGGCACCUUUGCAAAUCCAUGUUGCCAUGCUUGCACUGAACCACUUUGAGGAGAACUUUGGUCGCAUGCCAAACAUUGGAUGCCAUCAAGAUGCUGAGGAAAUGCUGAAAAUAGCCAUGUCAAUAAGUGAAACCCUGGAAAACAAACCUCAAGUAAAUGGAGAUUUAGUGAAAUGGCUGUCCAGAACUGCUCAGGGAUUUCUGGCUCCUCUGGCGGCAGCAGUGGGUGGUGUUGCUAGCCAGGAGGUUCUGAAAGCAGUAACAGGAAAAUUUUCUCCAUUGCAGCAAUGGUUGUAUAUAGAUAUGUUAGACAUUGUUACUCCUCUAGAAAAGAUGGGCUCUGAAGAAUUUCUUCCACGGGGAGAUAGGUAUGAUGCCUUGAGAGCUUGUAUUGGAGAAUCUCUAUGCCAGAAGCUGCAUGAUUUGAAUGUUUUCUUGGUUGGCUGUGGAGCAAUAGGCUGUGAAAUGCUAAAAAACUUCGCACUUCUUGGUGUUGGUACUGGGCAAGAUAAAGGAUUGGUUACAAUUACAGAUCCUGACUUGAUAGAGAAAUCCAACCUGAACAGACAGUUUCUUUUUCGACCUCAUCACAUACAGAAACCUAAAAGCUAUACUGCAGCAGAAGCAACUCUGAACAUCAAUCCUUGCUUAAAAAUUGACUCAUACAUUAAUAAAGUUUGUCCAGCCACUGAAAACACUUACAGUGAUGAAUUCUACACCAGGCAAGAUGUGAUUGUGACUGCUUUGGACAAUGUGGAAGCGAGGAGAUACAUUGAUAGUCGUUGUGUGGCAAACCUGCGUCCUCUGAUAGACUCUGGAACCAUGGGAACAAAAGGACACACAGAAGUUGUUGUGCCUCAUCUGACAGAGUCAUAUAAUAGCCACCGGGAUCCACCUGAAGAGGAAAUACCUUUUUGCACCUUGAAGUCUUUCCCAGCUGCCAUUGAACAUACAAUACAGUGGGCAAGAGAUAAGUUUGAAAGUUUAUUUUCUCACAAGCCUUCAUUGUUUAACAAGUUUUGGCAGACCUAUCCAUCUGCAGAAGAAGUUUUACAGAGAAUAAAAUCAGGGGAGAGUUUAGAAGGCUGUUUUCAUGUUAUUAAAACACUCAGUAGAAGACCCCGAAAUUGGACUCAGUGUGUGGAACUAGCAAGAGUAAAGUUUGAGAAGUAUUUUAGCCACAAGGCUCUUCAGCUUCUUCAUUCAUUUCCCCUUGAUACACGAUUAAAAGAUGGAAGUUUGUUCUGGCAGUCACCAAAGAGGCCGCCUUUUCCAGUGAAGUUUGAUUUUAAUGAUCCUUUGCACUAUGAUUUCAUUGUGAGCGCAGCAAAACUCUUCGCUACAGUGUACUGUGUUCCUUUCACAGAACAGGAUUUGUCAGAAGAAACUAUUUUGAAGAUAACUUCAUCUGUGAAGGUACCAGAGUUCAGACCUUCAAACAAAGUCGUACAGACUGAUGAAACUGCAAGAAAACCUGAUCAUAUUCCAGUCAGCAGUGAGGAUGAAAGAAAUGCUAUUUUCCAGCUGGAGAAGUCUAUACUGUCCAAUGAAGCUCUGCAAAAUGACUUAGAAAUGAAACCCAUUGCCUUUGAAAAAGAUGAUGAUAGUAAUGGACAUGUAGAUUUCAUAACAGCAGCAUCAAAUUUGCGAGCCAAGAUGUACAACAUUGAACCAGCAGAUAGAUUCAAAACAAAGCGCAUUGCUGGCAAGAUUAUUCCUGCAAUUGCAACAGCUACUGCUGCAGUUUCAGGGCUGGUUGCUCUGGAACUCAUCAAAGUUGUGGGUGGCUACCCAGCUGAUGCAUACAAGAACUGUUUUCUGAACCUAGCCAUUCCCAUAAUGGUUUUUACGGAAACUGCUAAAGUAAGAAGAACUGAAAUCAGAAAUGGGAUAUCAUUUACCAUCUGGGACAGGUGGACAAUUUAUGGAAAGGAGGAUUUUACACUGUUGGACUUCAUAAAUGCUGUCAGAGAGAAAUACGGAAUUGAGCCAACUAUGGUUGUACAGGGUGUCAAAAUGCUGUAUGUUCCUGUGAUGCCAGGUCACAUUAAAAGAUUAAAGUUGACGAUGCAAAAGCUUGUGAAGCCAUCAGCUGACAAAAAGUAUGUGGACUUAACGGUAUCAUUUGCUCCAGAGACUGAUGGAGAUGAAGACUUGCCAGGGCCACCAGUGAGAUAUUACUUUGUUCAGGAAGACAAUUGAUGGUAGAGAUACAGAAGUCACUCCAGGACCAUGUGUUUUGAAAGGAGUGUGCUAGUUUUCAGCUAUUAAAGAUGGUACUAUCUAUUCUUUUUUUUUUGUGAAGCCUUAAUUAAAACAAAUGAUGAAAGUCGGUGGCUUUGCGCUGAAGACAAACUGGAUUUGUUUCAUCUGUUCCCAUUAUCUUCAAAUUAGUUUGCUCAAAGGAGGAUUGGUCACACCACAAGAUGGAAUGUCCAGUACAGUCCUUACCUUAAAGACAAGAUUUGUGUUCAUUAGUGGGGAGCUGAAGAAAGCAAGAACAGUGGUGAACCUAAUGAAUUGUCCUUGUGUAUAAAUUGAGCACUGCACAGAGAAGAAUGCAAAGACUGGAGAAACAGCUAUCUUAUGAUACUCCUGGUGUUCUAAGAACAUGUCACAUCCAUUUCAUGUGUUACUUCAUUCUCAAAUGAGAAUUCAGUCUUGGCAUCCACAUGAGAGAUAAUCCAUUCAGAAUGUUUAAACAUCCACUUAAAAGCAAAUGCAUUUUUCUGUUUUGUUGGUGGUGCUCUCUUCUGAACUGUAAGUGAUGCCGCGUGUCUUAGUGGCUACUCUGUCAGUCUCCACAUGGAAACGUAGGGAGGCAGGUCUUUGAAUAGGUGUAAAUUGUCAUAGCUUCCCUGAAGUCAAGACAGCUGGAGUUGUUCAUUAUCUGCACUAAGACUAUUCCUCGGGGAAAACUGCAGUGUGGGGAAAGUGGAACCCUAUCGGAGAGCUGAGUUAAAACUUUGGACAAUAAAACUUUGUCUUCAAGAAAGAGAAAAUAGUCGGUGUGGUUGAGCCUUUCUGCCCUUACCUAAUUAAGAGUACUGAGGCAAGAAAUGACUUCGAAAGGAGGUAAAGGCAAACAGCCCUGGAUGAUUGUCACAGCAAAUGCUGUUUCCUUGGCUGCUCUUUCUGGUACCAUUUCUUUAUAGUGAAUGGUUAUGCUGUACACCUGUCCACAGCAUGAGUCUGAGUUGCAGUGCACUGAAUUAGCAUCAUCUCAGUCUGUUACUAGGAUAUCUCAGUAUAAAGAAUAUGCUUAAAUAAUUAAAAACUAAUUUUACAUUGCAGUGAGGCAGAGGUGCAUUACAGAAGCAUCUGUAACAAUACAUUAUCUUUUAAACAUGAGAUAAUAAAGCUGAUAGUUUGGGUGGGAUUGAGGA